AUGGGUGAUUUUAAUGAAGUUAGAGAUGAUUCUGAGAUAUUGGGAUCGAAUUUCAAUAUGUCUUUUGUGAGAGUUUUUAAUGAUUUUAUUGACUCUCUUGAUCUUGUGGAUAUUCCUUUGGGUGGACCCCAUUUCACUUGGAGUGAUAAAUGGAGUUCCAAAUUCAGCAAGCUUGAUAGAUUUUUGGUCAUGGAAGGUUUUUUGGUUUCUUUUCAGUAUCUUUCAACUAUUGUCUUGGAAAAGAAUAUUCCUGAUCACCGUCCUAUUCUUCUGUUGGAGCACCGGGUUGAUUAUGGUCCAUUGCCUUUUCGUUUAUUCCAUUCAUGGUUUGAUAUGGCUGGGUUUGAUAAUUUUCUUCUUAAAUCUAAACUAGGGGUGUGGAACUCUAAUCAUCGGGACAUGGUGGGUAUUAAAAGGAAGAAUAUGCAAGAUUUAUUAGAGACUAUUGAUAGUAGUAUCAUGGAGGAUGAAGGGUAUGCUAUUUUGAGAGAGCAGAGAGUAUCCUUAUUGAAGGAGAUGUCAGAUCUUGAUCAUUUACUUCAGGUUGAUCUUGCUCAGAAGGCUAAAAUCCAGUGGGGGGAUGAAGGGGAUGAGAACUCCAUAUUUUUCCAAGGGAUUCUUAACCGUAAAAGGAGACAAAUUGCUAUCUGUGGUCUCAUGAUUGAUGGAGUGUGUGUGGAUUAG